AUGGCCCACUUCCAACCCUUCUCAGACCUCCCGCAUACAUCCUCCAAGGACGAUCUGGCCCAGGAUUAUGAACUGUUUCCCUGUCAGUACGAGCCUUAUUCGGACCCCACGACUAUCCAACGCCCUUCAAGCUUCCAGUUCCAUCUCUCUCCUGUCGACGUACCUAUGAAGAACCCUUACAUCGCCCCAUCCAUGUCGUGGUCAAACGAGCCGGUCUUACCUCACAGCACCGACUCAUUGACUGCUGCUUCUUCUGAUUUCGGCUCACCUUGGAGCAAUGAACUCGUCUCUAGCCCAGAAACAAAAGACAGUCUCGCCACCGGAAGUCCGAGUUGGUUCAGCAUGGGAUGCUAUAUGUCUCCUCCAUACACCUGCGAUGAAGUCGCACUCCCGCCACUGGGGUUCGGAUCUUGUUCUUCCCCAUCUGCCCUAACAGACGUUGACAGUCUGCUGGCGCCUUCCCACGUAUAUCCCGACCCCGAUCCUAUCGUCAAACUUGAGACAGACUCGGAGCAUGUUAUGGGCGGAACCUUUUGCUAUAACGGCCCUCCCCAACACGAUGAAUUUGACACUUCCUGUGACAUCAAGAGUUGCCAAUACGCAGAGACCACGAUUCAGCAAGAAGCCUGCAGCUCUUCCGGCAAUCAGUUCAAGGCGCCGAAGCUAUCUAGCACGAACACUGGCCGCAUCAGCAAGAAGCGACCUCGCAAAACGUCCACCAAAGCAAGACCUACCUCCGCAGCUCGGGCCUCUACCAAAACCAGCGGUAAGAAGGAUGGUACAAAGACCAGCCGGGUUUUCAUCUGCAGUUUCUCCCACUAUGGAUGCCAGAGUACCUUCGUUUCGAAGAACGAGUGGAAGCGCCAUGUGACCUCGCAGCACAUCCAACCUGGAUUCUACCGUUGUGAUGUCGGACGCUGCAGUCUGGACAACCUCAGCAAGAAUAAGGGUCAGGACGCGAACAACAGUUGUGCCUCUUUUAACGAGACACAUCUCGUUAACGACUUCAACCGAAAGGAUCUCUUCACUCAACACCAGCGACGCAUGCACGCUCCCUGGGUUGGGCGCAACAGCAAAAAGCCUGAAACUGAGAAAGAGCGCGAUGAUUUCGAGCUGACCCUUGAAGCUGUUCGGGCUCGCUGCUGGCAUGAGCAACGCAAACCACCUACCCAGAGCACCUGUGGCUUCUGUGGACAGCAUUUCCUCGAAUGGAAUGAUCGAAUGGAGCAUGUUGGCCGUCACUACGAGAAAGGUGACGCGCAAUAUGAAGCCGAGGAUACUUUCUUGCGCCAAUGGGCAAUUGAAGAAGACAUCAUUCGGCAAGUGGAUGGGCAGUGGAAGUUGGUCGGCCUUUGCGAGAAGUGA